AUGGUCGCUACCCUCCUUGAACAAUGGCACGCGCAACGUGCAGCGUCCAAGCAGAUCCCUCUGAAAGAGCAGCGCAAAGAGGUAGCCGAGAUGCGCAACGUCAUGUUCAAGCUUGAGCUGGUUAACAGAGACAUCGCAGCAUGCCGGUGGGUCUGAGCUAUCGUCGUCGUUUGGGAGUGAGACACGAACCGGUAACCUAACUUCGGUAUUCAUUUUUCGAUUGCUACAGAGAAGAACUAGCCUGCGUGAACACCAUAGAUACGAAUAAGCUUAUAGAACAGUCGACUAAACCUCAACAGCUGGUCAAACAACGGCAGGUUCUUGAUGAUCGACUAAACUCCUUACGCACGUCGUCACUCCCUUCUUCCAUUCUGACCCUCCGGUGUGAUCCCCUUUGUCCUCGCUUAAAUAUUUCAACACCUUUGAUUGGCACAGACUAUGAAUUUGCCUGCACAUUGAUGAUCGCAUCUCGCUCGCUGUGGGACUUGGUCGUACAAUAUCGACAGGGAGCUGAGAGGCUGCGGCUCCCGCGACUAGGCGGUAAAGCCCUCGGUAGGAAAUCCAUGGUACGAGUCUUCUGCGCCGGCAGAAGGAACGCUGAUGUGUAGCAAUGCCUGCUCAUAGGUACGAAAGCGGCUGGUCUCCUGGUCAAGAAUCUUAAUUCUUUGCGUCCAAGACUCAUGAAGGCAGUGGCGAUGUAUAACGACGAGGUGAAAAAGUAUGCUGCCAUCCGCGCCAAUUCUCAGAAUUCCCAUUCGAUCUUGAGAACCCGAAGGGUACCGCCAUCAGCCCAGAAGAUCUCAACGAACUGCUCAAACUCGACAUCUUGGCGCCGCUCUGGAACAACGGAUUAUAUAGUCAUCCCACUGAGCCGUGGGCCUACGAUGAUGAUGUUCGUGUCGGCAUUCCAGCAGCAUUGUCUCGCGCAAGAUGCCAGCAAGAAAUCAAGCGACUUGGAUGGGAAGUGCGUCGCAUUGGACGGUGGCUGAUAAGCCGUCGCAAGAGGUUUCAGCAAGUUCGCCAGCAAUUACUCCAACUAGAUGAGCAGGAUGACUCUGCGAUGAUGCUGCUCGAGCAAGAAGAAGAGCGUCUUAGAACUAUUGCGCGCCGAUGGUUAAGUUCGAAGGGCGGCCUAGAUCACCUGUGGGAAUGCACCCGGCAAACCGGCGAACCGCAAAUGGAGGAGUGGGUCGAGCUUCGAAUGUGGUGCACCGACGACGUUGAUGUUUUUCAACGAACCACAGCGGGAUGGCUUGCCGGAUCACACAUGGCCAGACUGCAUCAAUGAAGGGAUGGUCGGAGAGUAGGACGACAUCACUACGGAUCAUGACGCCCUUCUUGACAUCAGUGAUCAUUCGAGCGAUGAUCUGAGUCAUCAUUCCGUCGACACUACCGAUUACGGCGCCUUCAGUGACGAGAUCAACGAGAACUUUGAUGAAGACGAUGGCGAUGUUUUUUUGGGAAUUUGA